AUGGGCUUUGGGGUCGGGGUUGAUUUGGGGUUAGAGUUUGCCCUGGCGUUUGGGUCAGGGCUGGUUUGGGGGAAAGGGGCGCUGCUCGUUACCCCCAGCUGCGCGCCAGGUGCAGCCCCCGUUAGGCCCGGGGUAUUUAAGAGGCACUUCGAGGCCUUUUAUAGGGUUUUUUUAGACGAGCUGCUUUCCCUGCUGGUUCUGACCCUACAGCUCGGUUAUGGGGAUCAGCGGGGCGUGCCGGGGGUGCUGCUGCCCACUCCCCCCCCCGAGGUGCUGGCUGUGCUGCUCAGCCAUCAGCACGGCCCCCCGCCCCACGCCGCCCCCAUCACCCGCCUGCGCCGCGGCCCCAAUGGGGCCUAUAAGGCCUUGGGGGACCCCGAGGGGGUCCUGGAGAGGCGGCGUGCGGCCAAUGCCAAAGAAAGGGAGAGGAUCAGGAAUCUGAACAGCGGCUUCUCAGCCCUGAAGGCGUUGGUGCCGUUGGUGCCGCGGGACCGCAGACCCAGCAAAGCCGACACCCUCCGGGCGGCCGCCGAAUACAUCCGCCUGCUGCGGGGUGUGCUGCGGGACACGGGGGGGCUGCAGGACGGAGCGGGGGGCGGCCGCGAGGUGACCCCGGGGGGGGGGCGGUCGGCCCCCGUGUGCCCCCCAACCGCGUCCGUGGGGUUCCCAGCCCUGCGAGGGGCGGCUGCAGGCGGCGCUUCCGGCUCAUCCCUGAGGAAAUCAAUGGAGAUUUGGGGGGGGACCCGCAGUGACGGCGAUGUCUCCGCGAUGCUUUCGGUGCCCCCGAAACAGAAUUGAUCCCCCCCCCCCCCCCACCCCCAACAUUGAUCCUAUGGGGGCUCCGCGUCCCCGUAGCGCUGUAUGGGGCGGGGGGGGGGAGGGGUGGGAGGGAGGCGGUGCCUUUAAUUGCUCAUUUAAAGCGUAAUUGGGCUCCGGCACCUGCGCUGCGCCCCAGGUGGGUGCGCUCAUUAAACGCGCACUGACUUAA